AACUCAGGCUUCUCAUCAAUUGCAUCGUGAUUACCCGGCUUGUUUGGAGUCUGGCGUUUGAAAGAGUCCACAUCUGCCUAUUCUUGUUCACUUCGCUGCCGCUGUGUCUAUGCUCACUUCGCGGCGCAUCUCUGUCGGUUGGGAUGCAGACCAACCCCGUGUGUGCUCUUCUCAACGUCAAUCUUGGCUGUUACCCCAAUUCCCUUCCACAGUCCCAGAAGAUCAGCAAUCGACAGUACACAGCUUUCGCCAGUCAUUCUGUGCCCAUGUGUCUGCCUAUUCCCAUAACGAACCGGGUCCUAGGACUGUUCAGAGGCUGUUAUCUCACCCCACAGGAUCUUAUGUCAUUCUGGACGGUAAUGGCCGACCACAGGCCAUCGAUCCGUAGCUUCAGGGUGACAACCUGUGAGGCAGGAGAUUAAGGGAUAUCGCAUAUACAACCAGCCAUGGCAUAUCUUUCAACACGAAUGACCUGGCUUGCUCAGUCCCAAAACAAAAACAACCGCAUCGCAAUCUCCUUCACUUCCAUU